AUGAACCUCGGAGAAGAACCACCACCGGAGAAGAAGAAGAAGAGGAAGACGAAUAAUUCAUCACCGCCACCUUCACAUCCGUCUUCGCAUCCGUCGUUUUCCUCACUCCCAGAAGAAAUCUCCGUGAAUUGCUUAGCCUGGAUCUCGAGGUCGUAUUACCCGACACUCUCACUCGUUUCCAAACGCUUCCGGUCACUCCUCUCUUCCUCCGGGCUCUACGCAGCUCGAUCUCACCUCGGAAGCACCGAGAAGUGUGUCUAUGUUUGUCUAUCGUAUCCCAGUCAUCAACGUCCCCAGUGGUUUAGACUUUGGAUUAAUCCUAAUCGAACCAUACCAAACUCCAUGGUUAAGAAGAAGAAGAAGGCAAUCGAACAGUUGUUGGUUCCGAUUCCGGAUUCCAAUCUCUCUGCAUUGCCAAGUCUCACCACCGUAGCUGUUGGUUCAGAGCUUUACGUAAUCGGCGGACCAUUCAACCAACCGCCGUCCUCCUCCGUGCGUGUCCUCGAUUGUCGCAGUCACACUUGGCGCGAUGCACCCAGCAUGAAUGUAGCUCGGAAAUAUGCAUUGAGCUGUGUCUACGAUGGGAAAAUCUAUGUAACCGGAGGUUGCAAAGGAGUGGAUGAGGAGGAAGCAUGGGCUGAGGUAUUUGACACAAAGACUCAAACUUGGGAACGCCUCCUUUAUCCGGGUAAUGAGCACGUUUGUAGAAUCGCAGAGAUCCAAGGAAAGAUUUACUUUACUGGUAGAAACAAGAGUAACUAUGCUUACGACACAAAGCAGUGUAAAUGGGAAUGUAUCAAAGGCUUGAUUGCAGAGGUUCCGAGUCCAGAAGAUGUGAGGGAGUAUUUUAGUAGAAGUUACUUGAGGUGUAGUGUGUAUGAUGCUGAGGAUGGUGAAUGGAAAGAAGUGAAUGGGUUAGAGUCAGUGGAAGAUAAGUACAGAAGGAAUGGUGGCUCAAGUGGCUGUGUGGCUAAAGUGGUUAGGUGUGGUGGGAAACUCUUUGUUAUGUGGGAAGGUAAGUACACGAGAAACAAACCCCAUUGUAUGAAGAAGAUUUGGUGCGCAGAGAUAGAGCUCGAAAGGCGUGAUGGAGGUGAGAUUUGGGGAAAUGUGGAGUGGGUUGAUGUUGUGCUUACCGUCCCCAUGGAGUCUCGUAUCUUGCGCUGUCACGCUGUACCGGUUUGA